CUCGUUUUAAUUCCACAAGAAGAGGUUUAGUUCUCGGAUUGUAUAGUGAAAAAAAUAAAGAAGGGUUUGAGUUGUCGCCGAGCGCCUCCAAAUACAAUCAACAUGUGGAUGGGAAGAUCUCUGAAGCUCUGCAAUUGUCGGUCACCAUCUUCCAAUAAUAUUUAAAAAACGACUCGUAUAUAACACGAAAAGAAUGGCGAGCAGUAGAGACGGUCGCAGCAGUUCCGCAUCCUCGCAUAGCGGCAGCAAUGUGCCAACGAAUCGUUCCUCUAUUCGAACGCCCAAACGGCAGCGACCUACCGCGAGCGGGUCGCUGGAAGAAAAAAACUCCGACCUGCUCUGCUCUAUAUGCUUUAAUUUAAUCGAAGAAGCGCACAUGACAAAAUGCGGCCAUACAUUUUGUUACGACUGUAUCAUGCGAGCUAUCGAAACGUCAAAACGUUGUCCAAAGUGCAAUUCUCCGAUUACCGGCGAAGAUAUGAUUUUCCCUAAUUAUUUGUUAAACGAUUUAGUUAAAAAGCAUAAGGUGCGCAUUAACGGUUUGGAAGCGCUGGGAAUGAGUCGGGAUAGUUCCGGGGAAUUUCCGGGACCCGCCGACGGCUUACGAGAUUUUGUAGCUACAGAAUCUCAAAAUCUAACACUACCGGACGUUAACGUAAUGUUGGAAGUUUUAACGCAACGUAAGCAAUUGCUAGAGGCGGAGUCCUGCGCCGCUCAGAAUAAACUGCUAUUGGAAUUUUUAAAGCACCUUUUGCAACAGAAAGAGGAACAAAACAAUCAAAUUCUAAAAGAGAUUAACAUUAUUAAGAGUGACGUUCAAGAAGUGGAGCGAAUUUUGAAAGAGGUUCAUAAUAAAUGCCCGACGUUGGAAGACGUCGAGCGAGCCGUUGCGUCCGUCAAAGAAGGAGACGCGGUCGCGGUUAGCGCAAUGAAAAAGGAAAUGAUGGACAUAAUCGAUAAUAUUGGCUCUACAAAAAGAGACGAGCCGAGUAAUAGCGAUUCCGGCAGCAAACACGUCGGGUUAUCGUCUUUGGCCAUGAGAAGGCGACGAAUGCACGCCCAUUUCGACGACUUCGUCCAGUGUUAUUUUUCGUCGCGUUCCAAAGAUUUGUUUCUUGACAAAGACGGCGGCGAUAAGACGAAAAAGUCGGAGGCAGAUUCGACUACCGACUUAGACGAGUUUAGAGAAAAUUUAAUAAAGUUUUCAAGAUAUAACAGCCUACGACUGUUAGCCACCUUAAAUUAUUCUAGCGAUUUAUUUAAUAACUCGACCAUAGUUUCUAGUAUUGAAUUUGAUAAAGACAAUGAAUUUUUCGCAAUUGCCGGCGUCACGAAACGUAUUAAAGUGUUCGAUUAUGGUGCCGUGUUGCGAGCUACGGUUGAUCUGCACUAUCCUUGUGUGGAAAUGGUGUCCAACUCGAAGAUCUCGUGUGUGAGCUGGAAUAGUUAUCAUAAAGGUACACUGGCAUCAAGCGAUUACGAAGGAACUGUGACAAUAUGGGAUGCAGCUACUGGGCAGCGUACAAAGACAUACCAAGAACAUGAAAAGCGUUGUUGGAGUGUCGAUUUCAACGAAGUCGAAACUCGUUUGAUAGCAUCCGGCUCGGACGAUGCGCGCGUUAAGCUUUACUCGCUUAAUUUUGAACACUCAAUCGCAACUUUGGAGGCCAAAGCGAAUGUUUGUUGCGUGAAAUUUAACCCGCGUAGUUCGUACCAUCUCGCCUUUGGUAGUGCAGAUCAUUGCGUUCAUUACUAUGAUAUGCGCUACAUGAAGGAGGCGGUGAGCGUGUUUAAAGGUCAUAAGAAGGCAGUUAGUUAUGUUAAGUUUUUGAACAGCGAGGAAAUUGUGUCCGCAUCUACAGAUUCUCAAUUGAAAAUGUGGAAUAUUAAUACUCCGUACUGUUUACGUUCCUUUGUCGGUCACAUAAAUGAAAAGAAUUUUGUCGGUCUAGCCACAGAUGGCGAUUACGUCGCGUGCGGUUCUGAAAAUAACGCGUUAUACGUUUAUUACAAGGGUUUAACGAAAAAACUAUUUAAUUUUAAAUUUGAGGCAGCACGCGGUAUAUUAGAAAAGGAAAGGCGAGAAGAUGAAUCUAACGAAUUUGUUUCGGCCGUUUGUUGGAAACAGCAUUCUAAUGUUGUCGUCGCGGCGAAUAGUCAAGGUACUAUUAACAUACUCGAGCUAGUGUAAAAAAAAAUAAUGAAUGUCGAUUGUCUCUUAGUUUAAACAUUUCGUUUUGGAAUUCUUCGAAAAGGCUGAAUUGGAAUAAAACUUAUUUUUAUAAACAAAAAUGUUAAUUUGUAAAAGAAAUUGUGAUAAACUGCGAAAUACUUUUGUAAAUUGUAACUAAUUUUAAACGGCGGGUUAUGUAAUUAAUGAUGGGGGAAAUAGAUAGAGGAUUCCACAGUAAUUCGAAUGUAGCUUAAGAGAAAUUCAGUGUAUUAAAAUAUGAAAAUUUGAAGGGUGCAAUAUUAGUUUUAAUCAGCACAGUUUUACCCUGGUAUGUAGAAUCAGCCCCCCCCCCCCCUUCAUCAAGUAAGUGUAUAGUUAAAUAAGUAAAAUGAUCUCUGCUUGCAUCUUGUGUGUUUUAUUGUUGGUCAAAUUUAUGAAAUUUUUGUAUACUGUAUGUUUUGUCACUCUCAUUCUUAAGGGAAUAAAAUUAUAAUUCUCUUCAGCCAUGCCCCAUGGCUUUAACAGGUUUCUAAUUGAGCUGAUGCUACUCGACUGUAGCGUGUGUUCUAUUUCGGUUGAGACUCAGCUGUUCUUAAAGAUAAAGACUUGGGGUAUUCGCGAUCUGUGCCACUUUUCUGUAAAACUUUUAAUACCACAAACAGAAUCAAUGCACCUAUGUUUGUUUCUGAGAUACAGGGUAAAAACGAAACUUUUUGGGAUGUUAUCAUACUUUACUACUAGCCAUGUAAGAUGGAAAAAAGGUGGCGUAGUCAAGAAAAAGUUUUGGACCAGCUUUUCAGAAAUUUCACCAAAAGUAGGUAUCUUGUAAAUGCAACACCCUGUAUAUUUUAACGUCAAUUUUUUACAUUCUUUUUUCUGAUUGAUGUAUCGCAAUUUUCUUAGUAUGCCAUGGAUUCAUGGAGAUAUUGUUUCGCUUAUUGUAUCCAUGGCAACUAAGGCAAUCUAUACCAAUCAAUAAAAAUGGCUGACAGUCAAAAUUUGAAAAAUAUAUAUAAUUAGGUACCCUAACAUAUACAGGGUAUAUGGGUCAAAUCUCGAAAAAGGUGGUCCAACAUUUUUUUUUACUACGCCCCAAGAUUCUACGUAAAAAUAUUUAAAACAGACAGUAUCUAACUUUUUACUAUUUUACAUGGGCAACCAAAGUAGGACGCACUGUAGAUGUUGCUUAUUUUCGCACAAACUCACUUAAACUCAGUCCAUUGUAUUUAGUGAGUAAACGUAUUGGUUUGAGCUUUUCAGACUGUGUGCUCUUGAGGGAGCUGUCUGCUGUAUUUUCUUCAAGUCAAAUUGAUUCAUUUGAAGACUCUCCCUGUACUUUAAAAAUAAUGUGGCUGAUAGUUUUUUUAAAACACUUUUCUAUGGUUAUUUUCUUGUCGGCUUGUGUGUCAGUCACGAACUUAUGACACAAGGUGCGCGCGCAAACCGAUGCUGAGCUCGCCAUACCUAGGGAACGGCCCUAGACUCAUAUAAGAAAAUUUCACAAAUUUGACAAUAACUAACUACAAUUCGGAUUUUAAGCUUUCAUAACCAUCGAUGGUUAAAACCUGAGGUUUAUUCUGCACCAUUUUUUCUCGGACAAUCGACUAAAACACUUUAGUACAAAUUACAGAGAAGCAGAAGUGUAAGUUAGUUAAAUGUGUUUAGAUUCAUCUAAGAUCUUAAAUGUGUUUCAUUAGUAAAAGCACGCACAAAAUUUAAUAUAUAAUGUGAUUUUUAUUCGUGUACAUACUAGGUACUACUUACAUGUGGGAUGCUUUACACAAAUCGUAAUUUUGCUCAUUAUCUGUAUUUAGUGUUUGUAGCAAUAUCAAUGUUUCUUAUGUGCCAAAAUAUUUAGAAGGACCAUAAAUGUCGACAUUAUUAAAUAUUUACACUACUCUAUAUUUGUUGAAAGAUUUAAUGUUGUUCGGUAACACCUUGUAAAUAGAAAGACUAUUAAAGAAAACUGAAUGUUUUAAAAGGUAGUUACACAAAUAUUGAUUGUAUAUAGUGAGCUUUCAGUUUUCUUUGUGUUGAAGCAACAGCCAAUCAAUAAACUACUUAACUUUUAUUAAUGGUGCUGACUUAUUAAAGAGUAAAAUUUGUAUUUGUCCACAUUUAAUGUUGCCAAAAAUUUAAUUUGUGUUUCUUAAGAUGUACAUUUAAAAUAAAAAUUAUAUUUUGUAGAAAACAUUUGUAAAUUAUAUUAGUUUGUAAGCAGGAACGUGGUAUUAUUAUGUUUGUAUAAAUAUUUACGGUAAGAACACUGACAUAUUACACCCUUAAUCAAGUUCGCGAAUUACCACCGUCAUACCCACAAACACUACGGAUUAAAAUGUCAGUGUUGUUUCCCAAAAAACCUAAACAUGUGAUCAUUUCAUGAUGGAAAAGUUUGUUUUACUUUUUUAUCCAUGAGGUGACGUAGAGGAUUUUAAAACAGAAAUUUGCACAAAGCUGAAGAUUAUUGUAUGCAAUGUUGAUAUUAAAUUUGAGCUGUUGGAAAGUACUUAGCGAUCAAUAUACCUUUACACUGUUGUUGAGUAGACUGAAUUGUUAUAUAAUAAUCUUCUAAUAGACUCUUAUAUUUUUAACUUAUUGAAUGUGUUUCCUUUAUAACUUGCUUAGCAAUAAAGUGAACCUACAACCCCA